AUGCGCCACGUCGAUUUCAAGCAAAACGAAGCCUCACUUCGUGUUGGUUCCCUUCCUGGUGCUGGGCCAUGGCCCCAUGCCAACACGACCAUCCUCCUCGCCAAGCAUGGCGCCAUCGUUAGCUUCAUCACCGCCCCUAUCAAUGCUGCCAGGACCGAUGCCGUCAUCAGCCAAGCUAAACGAGUCGGCCUACCGACCGACUUCGUUGAACCUCCUUUCCCUUGCACCAAAGUGGGGGUCCCCGAGGGGUGCGAGAACGUCGACCUGCUGCCUUCUAUGUCAUCGCUUCAACCAUUCUUCACGGCCACCAGCGUUCUCCAUCAACCCCUUAAGCAACACUUUCAAGCCCAGCGGCAAGCCCCGGGGUGCAUGGUCGCCGAUUGUUGCAACCCUUGGAUGAGGGAGUUCGCGAAGGAGCUCCGGAUGCCAUAUCUCCUCUUCCACGGCCCCUCCUGCUUGUACGUUCUAUGCUCACAUAUGGUCCUGCAACACAAGAUCUACGAUCGGAUUGAUGACCCAUUCGAGCCUUUCGACGUGCCUGGGUUGCUUCACUGGCUCGAGAUUAACUUGGCUCACCAUGCCGGGCUAGGAAAAGUUCCGCGAGGAGGUUCGGGAGGCGAAGAUGGUUGCUGA